AUGGUGAAGCGUGAACUACGCGUACAGACACUGGCAAUAGGAGAUGGUGGUAACGAUGUAAAUAUGAUUCAAUGCGCUGAUGUGGGAAUCGGGAUUAGUGGUCAAGAGGGUAUGCAAGCUGCCAUGGCGUCGGACUUUGCGAUCACUCAAUUCCGCUACCUCAAACGUCUCCUCCUCGUCCACGGGCAUGAGUGCUACGAGAAACUCGCACGAACGGCCCUCUACAUGUUCUACAAAGAUGCCGUGUAUAUAUUCUCCCUUUUUUGGUUCCAAUUUUUCAAUGGAUUCUCGGGUAGUGGACACAUUGAUCAAUUGAGCCAAGUGAUGUUCAACUUGUUAUAUACCAGUAUCCCUCCAUUCGUUCUGGGUACUUUUGACAAUUCGCUUGAUGAUCGAACUCUUAUGGCAAAUCCAAAACUCUAUCGAACUGGUCGAGAUUCCAUGGCAAGUUUUUUUUCGCAAUUUGAACUCAUCGCUCCUAUGUGCUUAGAGUAA